AUGACAGUCCAGAAAUCGGGGAAGGUAUUAGCUGUCAGAGGACGGAAACAGGUUAGUAAAGUCACAAGUGUUGAAAAAGGAAUACUAGUGACAGUGUGUUACAUAGUCAACGAUAUGGAAAAUGUACUUCCCGCUGUGAUGCUCUUUCCACGGGUACACUUUAAACAGCACAUGAUUGCUGGAGCUGGCAAACUAUAA